AUGUCAAAGGCCCCCAGCAAUGUCUACCCCUCUUUAGACGCCAGCAAAAGACAGAUCCGCUUGGUGAAGCUCAUACCACAUGACAGCUCAGCUGAAACCAUCUGCUGCGAGCUGAGCGCAGUCUCUCUGGACGACACCCCAGCGUAUACGGCCCUGUCUUACUCCUGGACGAAGGAACCACCCGGUCACACUAUCCUAUUGAAUGGCCAACCCUUCGCGGUACGGCCCAACUUGUUUGCCUACCUCCAGGAGAGAUCAGCCCAGUCGGAUGCAUCUCAGUGGAUCUUUAUCGACGCUCUCUGCAUCAACCAGGCCGAUAACGACGAAAGGAGCACGCAGGUGUCUUUAAUGGGCGAUGUCUAUCGUUGCGCCGAACAGGUUGUGGCGUGGCUGGGUCCGAAUCCUGCUAUCGACGGAGAGUCAUUAUCCCAAUGGCGAGCAAUGGCUGACCAGGUACUGCUCAACAGGAUGGCAGCACUUGACUCGGAAGCGCUGUUGCACGCGAAGCGGAUGCAAGACACCUUCGCACGACCAAGCUAUUGGCUGCAACUCUGGAUUGUGCAAGAAGUGGUACUGGCGCGAAGGCUGACCUUGCAAUGUGGAUCCUUGGUGAUGCCAGAGCAACGAAUCCUGCUAGACUUCAGCCUCUUUCCUGGUAGAAAACGGACGAUAUCGGAAAAGGACAUCGUAUUCCCGCGCGUACUUCCGCCUUCCCAGCAGGAAACUGAAGACGACCGCGUUGCGAGAGUGAUUGACAAAGUGUCAAAAGUUCUCUACCGGCGACACAACAUGUUGGGUGAGGAUGACGACUCUGCUAAGGAACCCAUAGGCAGACUUCUAGGGACGUUUCACUCGAAUGCAUUCUCAGUACGUCACGAUGCUGUAUUCGGGCUCCUUGGCCUUGGCCGUAGCCGCCUGCGGCCUGACUACGACAUGUCAGUGUCAGACCUGUUCAUGUUCAUUCUGGUCGAAUUCUAUUUGGAAAACGUGCCGAACGGAAUGGGCGUUGGGGAUGUUAUGAACCCCUACUGGAGAUACCCACUGGGCUCAUUGAUACCGAAUUUCAUCUAUGCGCUCAUGGCAGCAUUGGAUCUUGCUCCGGACGAUGCAGUGGUCGCUCUACUCUUGACGGAGAGUAGUCGUCUCUUCUGGGGAGAGCAUAGAAGUCGUAAACUCUACCACGAUAUCCUGGCACGCUGUUAUAUGGAAAAUCCCAGUCAAUGGACACUGAUACCCAGUAUUGCUCGACAGUACGCCUUGGCGCGGUCUUGGAAGAUUCUUCGGGACCUACGCAUGUAUGAGGCUCAGAAUGCGAUGUUGCCAGAUCCUGAUGGAAAGUCUACAGCCCGGCCAUACAGUGAGUGGAAAGCAAAGGCCAUAGACCAGGUCGAGAGCUUGAGACGCGCUAUGGACGGCUACGGUCGCAACACACUCGAUGUUUGA